GCGAAGAAGAAGACGACGACGUAGAUGAAGAAGCUAGCUCCAACGGCUAUAUGGCUAUAGACGGACACGCGCUAUAUUAUUCGCUAGUUAAACGUAUAUAAAGGCUAUCUGCUCGUGAAAAGGAGCGGUUUUCAUAGUUUUAUAUCGAAUGUUCUUAAAUAUGACAGAACUGUCGUUGUUAGAUAAGAACCGCUAAUGUUUUAACUUCAACCAGAUGCUAUUAUUAGCCUCGCGCGGGUAAACGCGAGUGUUUGCUGUGUUAUUUAUCCCGAAGUGCGGCGCUUUCCGCAGAGAUGAGGUGUCACUAUGACGUGUUGGGGGUGAAAAGGGACGCGGGAGAUGACGAUCUGAAGAAAUCCUAUCGGAAAUUAGCCUUGAAGUGGCACCCAGAUAAAAACUUGGAGAAUGCGGAGGAGGCCGCCGAGCAGUUCAAGCUCAUUCAAGCAGCCUACGACGUCCUCAGCGAUCCGCAGGAGAGAGCCUGGUAUGACAAUCACAGAGACGCGCUGCUGAAAGGAGGCCUGAGCGGCGAUUAUGAAGAUGACAGCAUUGACCUACUGCAGUACUUCACUGUCACCUGCUACUUUGGAUAUGGAGAUGACGAGAAGGGCUUUUACACGGUUUACAGGAAUCUUUUUGAGUCCAUUGUUAAGGAGGAGAUGGAGCACAGCAGGAUGGACGACGAGGAAGAGGAAGAAGGGUUUCCUCCCUUUGGAGAUGCUCAGAGCGAUUAUGAUACAGUAGUUCAUGUGUUUUACGCCCACUGGCAGAGCUUCUGCACCCGCAAAAACUUCGCCUGGAAGGAGGAAUACGAUACGAGGCAGGCCUCCAACCGCUGGGAGAAAAGGGCCAUGGAGAAGGAGAACAAGAAGACGAGGGAAAAGGCUCGGAAGGAGCGCAAUGACCUCGUGCGACAGCUGGUGGCCUUCGUCCGUAAGAGAGACCGCCGCGUGCAGGCCCACAGGAAGCUGCUGGAGGAGCAGAACGCUGAGAAGACCAAGAAGAUGGAGGAGCAGAGGAGGCAGCAGAAGCUCAAGCAGGCCAAGCUGGCAGAGGAGUACAAGGAGCAGAGCUGGGCCGCCAUGUCUGCGCUGGAGAAGGAGCUGCAGCAGAUUGAAGCUCAGUACGGAGAGGAGUUCGGAGACACGUCUGAGAGUGAGGAAGAGGAGGUGGAUGUGGACACGUUUCAGAAAAACAGCCAAAGAGAUGGAGAUGCUGAGCAGCCAAAUGAAGAUGACCCCACCGUCGACUAUUAUGAUGAUCUUUAUUGCCCAGCGUGUGACAAAUCCUUCAAAUCAGACAAAGCCAUGAAAAACCAUGAAAAGUCCAAAAAGCACCGAGAGAUGGUGGUGUUGCUACGGCAACAGCUGGAGGGAGAGGACAAUUUAUUCUGCUUGAACGGGAAAGAGGAUGGAGAGGAUGGAAAUGACCUGCAGGAUGAGGAGGAGGAGGUGGAGGAAGAGGAACAGCCAAGGCAAAAGCUGUCCAAAAAGCAAAAGAGGAAAAAGAAACAACAAAAAGUCGUACAGCAAAGUACUCCGGAGGGUAAGCAGCAGCAGCAGCAGGAGGAGGAGGAGGAGAUACCCUCACAGACCACUUGUGAGGAAGCAGCCCCUGAAAAGUCAGAAAAUCCUCCAGAGCCUGAGAGGCAAGAUGACCUUCCUUCUGUGGAUGUCAAAAGCAGCUCCGAGAGGACGAAGGGAAAAAAGGGAGGAGGAAAGGACAAACCAAAGAACGGCAAAUCACACACUGAACAGUUUCCUGAGAAGGAGGUGACCCUCCGCUGCGUCACCUGCAACGACGAGUUUCCCACCAGAAACAAGUUGUUUGACCAUCUGAAGACCAGCGGCCAUGCUACUGCGCUCUCUGCAAAUGGCAUUCACAGCUCCACGAGCAAGAGCAGGAAAGAGAAGAGGAAGAACAGAUAACACACUCUGAUAAGACUUUGGCCCGAUACAAACUUUGCAAUAAAUGCAACAAGCAUUGCCUAAUAUGUUGGUUCCCGUCGUUGUAUCUGUGCUGCUUAAUCUGUGAUCAGACAUCAUGGAGAUAUGAGUAUUUUUUCAUUUUCUGUUAGAAGUUUCAAAUAAGGACCCUAAACCUCCAUCUGGCAAGUCCAGUAAACGAGAGUGAGAUGAGAUGUGGUUUAAAAUAAAACCUUUUAACAUAUUUUGUCUGACAAGGUUGGAGAUCCUUGUUCACUACUUGCGUGUAGAGUGAAGGUAGAAAAGAUUGGUUUAAACUGAUUUGAUAAAAAAAAAAAAAAUUAAACCUGGAAAAAAAAAAUCUGUUUUUCUUAUCAGAAUUGGAUUGAUUGAGCUCCCUGUAUUGAAUAAAAGGUUAGUUGUUGUAAAAUAAUAAAAGCUUCGUUUAUAAAUGGCUGAAAGGCCAAAGAAA